CACAUCCCCCUCUUCUUCAUCACCACUCAUCAUCAUCUUCUUCUUUCUCUCACACAAUGAACAACUCCAAACUUUUCCUCACUCUCUUCUUCUUCUUCUUCUCCUCCUCAUCUCUCAAUUUAAUCCACUCUUUCGACUUCGAAGCCGGCGAUCACACCGGUUGGAAAGUCCCUCCAUCAAACAACACUCUCAUCUACAACCAAUGGGCUUCGAAAAACCGGUUCACCGUCGGCGACACCAUUAACUUUAGGUACAAGAAAGACUCAGUGAUGGUUGUUAGUAGUGAAGAAGAGUACAAGACUUGCAACUCAUCUCAUCCACUCUUCUUCUCAAACAAUGGAAGAACUGAGUUCAAGCUUGAAAGAUCAGGGAUGUUUUACUUCAUUAGUGGAGUUUUAAGUCAUUGUGAGAAAGGUCAAAAGAUGAUGGUCAAAGUUAUAGUCCAUGAUGAUAAUGAUCAAAGUCCUACAAGAUCACCUUCAAAUGAUACUUACUCUGAUCCUGAUUAUAGUACUGCAGUAAAACUCUCUUCUUCUUUUUUACUGUUUUUAAAGGUUUGCUUCUACUCCAUGGCUUCUGUUUUCAUGUCAUUUAGUUUGUUCUAGUGUUCUUGUUUCACUUUCAUUGAUUGUGAUGCUGU